AGGAGAGAGAGAGAGAGAGAGAGAGAGAAACAGAGCAGGGUCUGUUGACCACAGAGGCUGGUUGAUCUUUCCUCUGUCCUUCAUCCGUGGCCAAACAGAGGCUGACUUCCUCUAUUCGCUCUUACCAUAGGGACGGAAAGACGGAAGAAAAAAGAAGAAGAAAAGCGGAAACGGUUUCACAGUAGCUUCCGGGAACGCAGGAGAGCUGAAGCCCUGAAGCUGUUACUGCUGGAUGGGCAAGUGCUGACAAAACAAGGCGAGGGAGGGACAUCGGAGAGACCCGGACGCAUGCGGACCAAAGAUUCCUCCUUUUUUCCAGAGACCUUGCCCUCUUAAUCGACGCCUGAAUCCCAUGGUCUUCUUGGAACCUGACGCAAGAGUGUACGUGGAAACGAGAAGAUCUGAGCCUGGGUUUCCCAAAAAGACAGAAAGGGUGUGUGCGCAUGUGUGUUUGUAUGAGAGAGCGAUAGAGGGGACUUCCUUGAACUUUGAUCCUUCAUAGGGAGGGCUGAAAGAGAACUCUGUUUAUCAUUAGCAGGCUUUGUCUCUUUCCCUGUGAAGAUUUAUUGAAGCUGGAUUCUUGUAGCAGUUCUGGACAUGUUUACUUUAGUUGCUGUGAUAUUUCUAUAGCUAUUGACAAGCAUUUUUCGGGUAAAAUUUUUUUUCCGUUCGAACGUUCUGUUAAAGUAGUGGGAACGGAGUUCGCUAGAAGUACACAAGAACAGGUUUGACUUGUUAGUGACCUGUGGGCAGGGCAACUGUCUCAUGCUAAAGCAGCACAAGGUUGUUAAUACUCGCUGGCUGAGAUGAGGCAUUUUGGUUCUUCUUAAGCGGCGCUUUACUUUUGCCCCAGUUUCAGAGUUGCUGGGCUGCGUGUGUUUAUGUGUAAUUUAUAGUUUCCUGUAAAAAGGGGCAGGCUGUAUGUUACUCACUCUUGUCUGAAGUCUGAAGCAGUCGGUGAAGCAGACGUUCUUUGAGAGCCCUGGAGGAUUACUUUGGAGUUAAAUUAAGUUUUAAGAUCACUUGGACUGCAAAACAUUUGCCGAUCAACCCUCGACUCUCUGAAAGGCCUAUUUUUAAAAACGGGGGCUCCGAUUUAGGCUGUGUAAACGUUUGAGGACCUCACAUCACUGUUUACUUUUCCCCCUUUCACACUCUUGAGAAGCUUGAGGUUAAUGUCUGCAGUGUGAACUCUCACACACUGAAUACUCACUGCUGGGAGAGGAUUUUGUAAAAAAAAAAAAAAAAGAAAGAAAAAAGCCCUGGUGGUGCACACAGCGAUGGCCAUGGUGGGUGGGGGAUGGGGCAACCCUAAUGGGAGCACCAAUGGCCUAGGGGAGAAGGGCUACCUGCGGGGGGAGGAAGAUGAGAGCUCUCCCCAGGCAGGGAACAGCGAUGCCGAAGGCGGAGAGGAUGACAAGGCCUGCGUGGUGGACUGCGUGGUGUGCGGCGACAAGUCCAGUGGGAAGCAUUACGGUGUCUUUACCUGCGAGGGCUGCAAGAGUUUCUUCAAAAGGAGCAUCCGCCGCAACCUUAGCUACACGUGCAGAUCAAAUCGAGAAUGUCAGAUUGAUCAGCAUCAUCGCAACCAGUGUCAGUACUGCCGUCUGAAGAAAUGCUUUCGUGUGGGCAUGAGAAAAGAAGCAGUCCAGCGUGGACGCAUUCCUCCAUCACACUCAGGUAUCAGCCCAACCUCAAUGGUCUCGGCUGGAGGAGGUGGGCCAGGAGGCCCAGGCAUGGCUGGUGAAUUUUUCAAUGGCCAGCCAGCACCUGAGCUUAUCUCACAGCUCCUGAGAGCUGAACCCUACCCUAGCAGCCGCUAUGGAGCUCAGUGUGGUCAACAGUUGCCUGGUGGCCACGGCUCCGUCAUGGGCAUCGACAGUAUAUGUGAGCUGGCUGCCCGACUCCUCUUCAGCACCAUCGAGUGGGCUCGGAACAUUCCCUUCUUCCCUGACUUACCAGUCUCGGAGCAAGUGGCCCUGCUGCGCCUCAGUUGGAGUGAACUGUUCAUCCUUAAUGCAGCACAAUCAGCUCUGCCUCUACACAUGGCCCCCCUGCUGGCUGCUGCUGGCUUUCACGCUUCCCCCAUGUCUGCUGAGCGUGUUGUCUCCUUCAUGGACCAGGUGCGUGUCUUCCAGGACCAGGUGGAUAAACUUACACGACUACAGGUGGACUCUGCUGAAUACAGCUGCCUCAAAGCCAUAGCUCUCUUUUCACCAGAUGCAUGUGGACUGACAGACCCAGCGCACGUGGAGAGUCUGCAGGAGAAGGCUCAGGUGGCUCUGACUGAAUACGAACGCAUGCAGUAUCCGACUCAACCGCAGCGCUUUGGUCGCCUCCUUCUCCGCCUGCCCUCACUGAGAGCUGUUCCAGCAAACCUCAUAUCUCAGCUCUUCUUCAUGCGACUGGUGGGCAAGACGCCCAUCGAGACACUCAUUCGAGACAUGCAACUCUCUGGCAGCUCCAUUAGCUGGCCUUACGUGCCUGGACAGUAGCUGGGUCGGACAUCCUAUGACCAGACAGCAGUCAGCCACUCAAACUUUGACUUUCGUGUUCAGUGUGGGCUUAUAGGAUUGUGAUAUGUUAUUUCCUUUUAGUUGCUGCGAGAAUAUUCAUGUUGUGUUGCAGCAUCUCAUUGCUCGUUAGUAUACAUCAAGAAGGAUGGCCAAAGGUCAAUAUGCUGUCACAGGUCUUUGGGCAGUUGAAUAGAGUCACUUGGUUUGGGAUACCUCAGGUUUUUUACGUAAAUAGUAGAACUUAUAGCAGUGACACUAUUGUAAAUGCAUAAGCACAGUGACAGAUCAUUGACAAGAAACUAUGACUAGUAAAGGACAAUACAAUACAUUUAAGGCAUUGCAUUCAGAGACGCUGUGAUAUGACUGACCCAGGUCCAGCUUUAAUCAAUUACAGGAAUGUUCCUGGUAUACCUAAGAAUAAUUACUAUUUCAAUUAUAACAAUUGAUUAUGUAGAUUAGACAAAUUAACCUACUCAUUAGGGUAUUGCCAUGGACUGCAGUGCUACUUACUUGAGAAAUCAGUGGUGAAUAUGUAUUGUAAAAUGUGAUGGUCACAUUGUUUAAAAAGAAAAAAAGGUCUCUGUACUUUUACAUAAUUGGGUCCAGAAAGAUUUUUCAUAUUGUUGGUCAUGAAAAAAAGAUCCAAUAUUUUUGCAUAUGAAUAAUUAAAAGCAUUCAUCCAAACAUUCUGAACAU